AUGCCAUUCCACAAUGGCUUCCUCUACAAAUUAGGUGACGGGCUUCUCAACACUGGGUGGAACCUGCGCUACUUCCUGCUUAUUGGUCAAACACUCCAAUAUUACCGCAGCCAGCACGAAGCGAAGCCCCGGGAUGCCAUCUCUCUGAGUGGCGUAUCAGUGGAGUGGAUCCAUGACGCUAGCCGCCCGUUCACCUUUGUCGUCAGCAAGAGCGGCCAGCGCUCAUUCUGCUUGUCGGGGUGCACUGAGCGAGAGGCCUGCGAGUGGGUGGAGCGCAUCCAGGCUGCCAGCGCCGCAGUUGAGAGACCGCUGGCCACGCCUGGGACCAGGCCCGACCCCAACAUGCACGGUCGUGAAGUUACCAUGAAGUGCUGUUGA